GCCGUGAAAGCCCCGCCUUCGUCGCCGCCGAAAUCCCGGUUCGCUCGCCGCCGCUUCCCUCGCCGCAGCAGCGCUCGCCGCCGCUUUGCUGGUCCCUCGCCGCCGCUUCCUUCGUCGCCGCCGCAGCGCUUGCUUCUUCGUCGUUUUCGUGAGAGGAGGAAAGUGGGGGAGAGAGGGGAAGUCGAAGUGGGGGAGAGUCGCCGCCGCUUCGCUCGCCGGCGCUUUGCUGAUGCCUCGCCGCCGCUUCCUUCGUCGCCGCCGCUCAAUUCGUCGCCGCCGCUUCGUUUUACCAGCCGCUUCGUUUUCGUGAGAGGAGGAAAGUGGGGGAGAGAGGGGAAGUCGAAGUGGGGGGAGAGUGAAUUGAGAAACUGAAAUGGGGGAAAGGGGUGUUUCAGUUUUUGGUUUUUGAAAUUGUGGGCCCGAUGGGCUUGGUCAGCCAUGGGCUCGACCAGCCGACCCAAACCGGCAAACCCUUCCUCAACCCAAACCCAGCGCCAUCUGACCCUCGCCCACGUGGACAACAGAUCCACCGUGUGAGCAGAUACUCACACUUUAUGCUGUGAGCAGCAUAACUAAGUUGCCGUGGCCGCCACCACAGCUAAACCAAGUGCUGAGUCAGCUGACGAAGGAAACUAGCUCAACGGCAGAACCCCAAUUCCGCUCUUUUAGUCUAGAACCCCACCGAGCAACCUGCCGAUGAAAUAUGCAGAAUCAGUCAUCGACACAAUCUCCGACUACCUUUGAUUCCCGGCCGCGAUUUUGACAGGUACCAUUCAGUCCAAUUUUGCUAUUCUAACUUUAACACCAGUCAUAGAAGCUUCUCUCCCCUCGCCGGUGCUUGGUUUCUUUAGGCGAAGCUGAGAGUUAUUUGCAGUACAUAUCGAUUACUAUCAGUGGUUAAUGGAAUUCGUUAUGACCAUUUGGUGUCUAGAUUUAUUGUAGAAAAAGGGAGGCUUGCGCUUGUUGGGUGGAGUUUGGUGAUGUUAGUUAACCAUGGAAUGAAUCAGUUAACCUCGUUGAGCAUUGCCCGGAGUUACUCGUUCGCUUCAUCAAUUGAUGCUGUUCUGAGAAGGCAGAGUUUCUUGAUUAGGGCACUGAGAGGAGGUGUUCAUAAUAAAGUUCAUAGUACUACUGCCGGCAGUACAAUGCAAGAAACUGAGGCUGAUGCUGUGAGCAUUUUGAGAGCAAUCACUCCUACUUUGGAUUUAACUCGACAUAAAGGCCAGGCGGGGAAAAUAGCUGUGAUUGGAGGGUGCCGGGAGUACACUGGAGCUCCUUACUUUGCUGCUAUUUCGGCCUUGAAAAUCGGUGCAGACCUGUCUCAUGUGUUCUGUACCAAAGAUGCUGCUCCUGUUAUCAAGAGCUAUAGUCCAGAGUUGAUCGUUCACCCGAUUUUGGAGGAGUCUUAUAGUGUGAGGGAGGAAGAGAGAAAGCAAGUAUCAGCAAAAGUUGUAGCUGAGGUCGAUAAAUGGAUGGAGAGAUUCGAUUGUCUUGUGGUUGGGCCUGGUCUUGGAAGGGACCCAUUUCUUCUGGAUUGUGUCAGUGAGAUCAUGAAGCAGGCAAGGCAUUCGAAUGUUCCAAUUGUUGUAGAUGGGGAUGGACUCUUUCUUGUAACAAACAGUCUUGAUCUGGUUCAUGGUUAUCCCUUGGCCGUUCUAACCCCCAACGUGAAUGAAUACAAGCGACUGGUUCAGACGGUUCUCAAAUGCGAGGUCGAUGAUGCUGAUGCACACACACAAUUAUCAUCUCUUGCUAAACAGAUUGGUGGUGUAACCAUCUUAAGGAAAGGAAGAUCUGACCUCAUAAGUGAUGGUGAUAUAGUGAACUCGGUGAGCAUCUAUGGGUCGCCUCGGCGGUGUGGGGAACUGGAAGGUUGCAUUGCCGGCUCAGCUUUACUCAGGAAGGCUGCAUCUCUCGCUUUCGAGACCCGAAAAAGAUCGACUCUAACCACUGAUAUCAUCGAGUGUCUGGGAAGAAGUUUGGAGGAUAUCUGCCCAGCCUAUUGAGCUUCAUCUUUAUAGUGUUCUUCUUCCACCUAAAGCUUCUUCUUGUUAGUAAGUUGCUGGGUUUUCGUACAUGUACGGGUUCUUCUCUGUUCAGUUGCAAUGUAUAACACUAUAAUGAAAGGAUUAGCUACAUUUUGAUGAAACCUUGUGCUGAAGAAUCAUACCACUUUGAUGCUCUUACAUCUAGUAAGAAACACUAGUAAGAAACAACUUAUGGGUCU